UAGUGUGGACGGAAAACAUUUUGAAAACGGAGCUUUUCGAAAACGAUGACGUCACGAUAAUCAUGUGAUUUCCCUCAACGCGUUUUCUUCAAACAUAAAUUCAAAAUCGGUGAUUGUUGGGUUUUUAAAUUCCUUUGGGGUAGUGUAAACAGGUUCCACGAGGGUCUGAAUGGGGGUUGGUUAGUUUCCCAGCUUUCAGUUAAAGCUUCAGCCCAAUUCUCGGCUAACAGUAAAUUUUGCAGAUCUCAGAUCUGACAGAUCUCGCCAAUCAGUUAAAAGAGUUAAAAAAAACCGCGUCAUUUCUCUGCUGAUAGUUCAAAUUUUGACCAAACCCCACGGAAAUCCUCUAUAAAUAUUUUCAAUUAAUAAAUAAGGUAGGAAUGAAUUGGAGAUAUCUAUAAUCAAAUAACUCAAUCCACAGUGACUUUUCUCACUGGGAAAAUGAUGUUGGCAAGAUUUCAACAUGAAAACAUCGUCCAAGCGUUGAUUUUGUACUUUUAGAUUUUAAUCGAUGUAACAAAGUAAUUUGGCGGUAUUUUCUAUAAGGUAUUAUAAAGCCAUCUAGUUUCCUGGAAAAUAUUUUAAUACUACAUUUUGUAUUAACCGAUGUAGGGAUAUCGUUUUUCCAGCGUUUUGGCUUCUUGAAGCUGUUAUCGUCAAGUCAGUGAAAACUGACUGAAUAUAUCAGUUCAUCCCAGAGGAAAGGUGGAUUUUACUGUUGCGUUAAGAUCGAGGGGGGAACCUAGUAAAAUAAAUAAAGCAAACAAUUUUCUUCAUUGUUUUGUUCACUGUCUGGGAAAUCUUCUUGAGUAUAAAACUAUUGUGCCGUGGUCUUGCAUGCGCAAGACAAGGCAAGCAUUUUCUGCUACUGAAUGAACACAGCGUAAACUGUCAGGGCGGUACUUGGGUGCCUUUCGUCCGUUGGAGCGGGGUACGCGUAGGAUCAUGGACGUGUUGCACUUCAAAUUGACAAAUUGACGUCAGUUUUUCAUGUGUCUGUCCUGUUAUUGAUCAUGAAUUUCGUCAUAACAUUGUCAAAGUAGCUGUGGAUCCAUAGACCGGGAUGCUCUUCGUCUCACGGGAAUAAAUCAGGGAUUCUGGUCUCUCUUAGGGUGUUCAUGACGAAAAGCCACUAUUUGUAGCUGUCAAAGUAUCUUUUAGGGUGCAAUCUCGAGUCCGGUCUACUAGCGCGGGCUCCUUUCCUAAACAGCGGCUGUAGACCACGAGUACCUCUUUCCGUCGUGUGUGACGCGAAAGAAAGCCGCGAGAAGAAAAUGGCCACGCCAACUCCUGUGGGCGAGAGGCCAUUUUUUUCUCGCGGUUUUCUUUGUGCGUCUCGCACAACGAACUAAGCGAAAGAGGGACUACUCGUAGUCUACGGUGGCUGGGGUCCGGCGACUGGUAAUCGCUCGAGCCUGUUUCGUUCCAAGUGAGUGUCUUUUAGGGAUCAAAUAAAGCUCGAGCCAAGCCCCGACUGGUCUCCUUUAGGGGUUUAGUUCAACUUUUCCGACGAGCAUCUCCGACCUUUUCAUAUGGGAGUCCCUGCCGGGGUGUUUAAUUCCAUUUGUCCUGUUUUCUUUCGUUUGGAUUUCCAGUCCUCCUCUUCCAUUCCCACUGCAAGUUUGGCUUGGUGACCUGGCCAAUUUUAAAACAAGAUGGCGGCAAUGGAGGCCCUUGCGAGUGCUUAUGGCGAUGAUAGCGAUUCUGAAGGAAAUGAAAGCCCAGAAGAAGAAGUUACACCAGAUCAUACGGCACAUCUGAAGUCUGGAGUCUCCAUAUCACAACUCCAGUCCAAAAUCCAGCUUAAAAGUGCACCAACAGUCACUGCAAAGGAGGAUGUUGGUGUCGUUCGGCAGGUUGAUCCCACAACAAAGGAGGUCACUUAUAAUCCAAGAUAUGAGGAAAUGUUUUCUCCUGAGGUUGGACCAUCAAAUCCCUUUAAAACAAAACAACAGAAAGCAUCAAAAAAUACACUAGCUGGGUAUGUUGAGCCUGCUCAUAUGAGCGACUUUACUUUUGAAACCCAAAGAAGAACUUUUACGAGUUAUGGUUAUGCUUUGGAUCCCAGUGUUCAAGGGAUAGACAGUCCUGGUGGUGACAGGCUUGUUGGUGAUAAAGAAAAAGCAGAGGAAAGGAAAGGUGUGACCAUAUUCGAAGUAGCAGAAGCCAGAGCAGGUGACAAGAGGAAGCGAGAAAAACCCGGUGACCCAGGAGAUAUUGAAGGAUACAAAGGUCCUUGGGCAACAUAUGUCGAUGAAGCAAAAGUGGCUAAACCUUCUGAGGAACAAGCAGCUAAACUGGAAGAGUUUGAGAUGACAAAACAAAAGAGAAGUAAGAAAGAGGAACAGAGUGUUGAAGAAAAGACCACUUUACAUGUUCAAGAUUCAACAGAUUACCAAGGUCGAUCUUACCUUCACAUUCCAAAAGAUAUUGAUAUUAAACUGGACACUGACCAGCCACCCGAACGAUGUUACUUGCCGAAGAAACAUAUUCACACUUGGACUGGCCACACAAAGGGUGUUUCAUCAAUCAGAUUCUUUCCAACAUCAGCCCAUCUGUUGUUGUCUUGAAGCAUGGACUGUAAGAUCAAGCUGUGGGAAGUUUAUGGCAAAAGACGGUGUCUUCGGACUUUCAUGGGUCACAGUAAAGCUGUACGUGACAUCUCUUUUAACAACACCGGAACACAGUUCCUUAGUGCUGCUUAUGACAGAUAUGUCAAGCUUUGGGACACAGAAACAGGGGAAUGCAUUGGUCGUUUCACCAACCGUAAGAUUCCAUAUUGUGUCAAGUUCAAUCCAGAUGAGGACAAGCAGCAUCUGUUUGUUUGCGGUACAUCAGACAAGAAAAUAUUAACGUGGGACACGAGAGCGAACGAGAUAGUUCAGGAAUAUGACAGGCAUCUUGGUGCAGUGAACACGAUAACAUUUGUGGAUCAAAACAGAAGAUUUGUGACCACUUCAGAUGACAAAAGCAUCAGAGUGUGGGAGUGGGACAUACCCGUGGAUUUCAAGUAUAUCGCCGAACCCAGUAUGCACUCCAUGCCCGCUGUAGCUCUUCAUCCUAACAGUAAGUUCCACCUAACUGCGUGUAUUCAGUCGUUAUUUAUCUGAAUUUUGGCCGAGAAGGGAUUGGACGUGUGCGUUCAGUUAGUACGAGGUAUGAUGGGAAGGAAAGAGCUUGCAUUACUCAUACCCAAUCUUUUCUCAACCGAUCAGUACCUGAAAGUGCAAGUGUGAGGUAAAUACAAAGUGUAAACAGUAACAU